GGUGUCCAGGCGUUGAAUUUCACUUCCUGUCACCUGGAGUCUUUUGUCUCUCCCUGAGCUCUUGCUAAAAGGCGCACCUUGAAGUUCAGGCGGCGGGGAAGGAGUUAAUCGGAGAUCCGCGGAAGGGAAACACCCCUCUUGGGCUGCAGCGUAGCCCGUGAGUCAGUUUCACCUGAAACCAGUCGGCAGGUAGUGAAAAAAAACCCGAAAAGGGAAACAGAUCGCAGAGGUCCGAGGGAGGAAGUCGUCGCACAAAACCGAAGGGACGGCGCCCAGGAAGCCUCACUCUUCCGAUCCCCGGACACGCGCCCGCCGCCCGCAAUUUCUCCGAGGAGGAACCGAAAGGAAGAGUCGCCGUCGCGCAUCGGCAGUUGGACUUUUUGGGAACAGGCGAGCCAGAGUUUAAAAAAGAAAAAAUCUGGGGGGGAAAGUUGUUUAAAGAAAUGCUCUUUGGGCUAAAGAGCCACAAGUAGACGGGAGGGGAAACUACUCCCUUUCAGCUUUCCUAGUCGACGGCGCAGUCGACUCUCCUUGGCGAGCCCGUCUGCGCUUUGCCUGCUUUCCGCUCCUCGAAGCGCGCCGCCCUUGCUCGGCUGCGGAGAUCCACCGCCUGCGCGGCAGAAGGGGCUCCGCCUGCGUCACGAUGCUCCCCCGUCGGAUUCACGUCCAGGCUGGGCUGCUGCUUCAGCUCGUCGCGGCUGCCUUGGUAGCCGUCGGGCAGGAAGAGGCGGCGGAAGGAGAGUCCUUCGGAGACAGGUGCCAGGCCCAUUUCACGGCCGGCUUGCCCGAGUUCGUCCUGGACACGGACGCCUCGGUGGAAAACGGAGCCACCUUCCUGUCCUCGCCGUCGGUGGAGAGGGGCCGCGACUGCGUGCGGGCCUGCUGCAAGCACCCGCAGUGCAACCUGGCCCUGGUGGAGAAGGUCGCCGGGGGGGACGAGGAAGACGGCAUCCACAGCUGCUUCCUCCUCGACUGCCUCUACGAGCAGGCCUUCGUCUGCAAGUUUGCCCGGAAGGAUGGCUUCCUCAACUAUGUCAAGAAGGACGUGUACGAGGCCUAUGUGGCCAUGCGGGGGAAAGGCCAUCGGGAUGAUCGGCCGCCUGUGGCCCGUGCAUGGAUGGAGAUGAAAGUGCAGCCUAACGAGCCGGUGACGCUGAGGGGUUCAGAAAGUUUCGAUGACCAUGGUAUUGUGAAUUAUGAAUGGACACGUCUCUCUGGCGAUGACUCUCUGGUGAUGGAGAAAGAGACAGAUCAUGUGGUGCUCACCAACCUGCAAGAAGGGACUUACAUCUUCCAGCUGACUGUGACGGAUACUUCUGGACAGAAGGGCUCUACCAACAUCACCGUCACUGUGCUAAAUGCUGAGCAGACUGUAGAGCACUGCUUGGCUCCUUAUAAGGUGGGACGUUGCCGGGCUAGCUUUCCUCGCUGGUACUACAAUCCAGAAACUCAGCAGUGUCAGGAAUUCACCUUUGGGGGUUGCAAACCCAACAAGAACAAUUACAUACGAGAAGAAGAAUGUAAACUUGCCUGCAAGAAUGUCCAAGGUGCUGUUGAAAAGCGAAAUGAGCCAGUGUGCAAUGAAAACUGCCUGCCCUACUCUUUCAAAUGUGACGAUGGCUGCUGUAUUGACAGCUUCCUGGAAUGUGAUGAAACUGCAGAUUGUUCAGAUGGGUCAGACGAGAAGUUAUGUGAUUCGUAUGUGCAAGGGUUCAAUCGAUUACGUAAUAUCAAUGUUACCACCAGCCAAAGUCACUGUGUGGAUAUGCCAGAUACUGGGAGAUGUGACGAUAGCAUACCUCGCUGGUAUUACAACCCGUUUGCUCAGAAAUGCCGUCGCUUCACCUAUGGAGGCUGUGAAGGCAACAAGAAUAAUUUUGAGGAGGAGGAAGCGUGUAUGAAAUCUUGCGAAGGUGUCACAAAGGAAGAUCUGAUUGGCCAGAGAUGGAGCACCUAUGAGGCCCGGCAGGCAGGUUUAAGUUCUUUCGAAACGGCCAUUGCAGUGCUCCUGGCUGUAUGCAUAAUGAUAGUGUUGGCAAUCCUUGGCUACUUUUUCCUGAAGAACAGAAAGACGUACCGGCGACGGCGCCAGCCAGCUACUGCCGCCAACUCCACUCUCUCCUCUGUGCUCUCCACCACCGAGGACACGGAGCACCUCGUCUACAAUAGUACUACGAAGCCUAUUUGAUGUGGAAGAGCUGCCCUCCACUUCUGGGAGUGGGACAGUUGCAUUGACUGAUGGUACUUCUGAAACUAAAGCCUGUGGCUGAAGGAUGUCCCUCUUCCUCCAUGCUUCCUUCCUUAGACUGUCAAAUUCCAGCCAUCUUACUGCCCCUAGCGAUUGUUCUGACUGUGUGACAGCUUCUGAGGAAGAGGAAGGGCAGUAUCCCACCCCUCUUUUGUAAUGACAACAGUGGCUCACUAUGCUGUCAGAGGAAGCUGUCACUGAGGGCUUACUGUACCUAUUGAAGGAGUCGUGGUUUGAUUUUUGGUAUGGAUUUCAUCCCUUCACAAACCUGCUCAAAUCUACAUUUCGUGUGUGUGUGUGUGUGUGUGUGUGUGUGUGUGUGUGAACUUCUGCCUAGUUCCUUUUUGUUUCUCUUGAAAGUCCUGCCAUCUUAGAGCCACCCUCUCUGUGCUAAGGGUCUAAGUAGUUCAAACCUCAUGAUACUUCUGAGAGUCCUGAGCAGGUUCUCAUACUUGAUCAUUGUGAACUCAGGGUUGCACAUGGUGGUCUUUCUAGCAAGAUGCUAUUGAAAAGAAGCUUGAUGCACCACUGGAGUGAAUCUGGCCUCUUCCCAAAUAUAUUGCAGCCCUUGUUGCAUGUUAAUCGCUAGGCAUGAUGCAGUGCACGUAACAUAAAAUAUAUAGUACGACCAUAAGUUUUAAACGUAAUUUGAACAUCUUAAGAAGUGCGGCUGAAUUGUUCCUAAAUGACUGAAAAUCAGGGUCUGCAUUCAUUCUCCUUGACAUUUUCCUGCCUGUUCCUACCUCCCAAGGUUGCCAUUUCUGCUUUUAAUGUUAAACGACUAGUUCUUGAGUUUGAAUAUUGCACCUGUAUGUAUUUAUUUUUAUAGAAUCAAAAUGUGACUAGAAAGAUGUUAACUAGCUGGUCUCCCAAGUACAUAGUGAAUCUUGUGGAGCAGUAACUAUUCCCCCGCCCUCAUGGCCCCAAUUAUAGGGAAUUCCAAUUGUUUAUUUGCAAGCUAGUAUCACUUAUUGAUUUCCCAUUACAUGCUUUCAUGAGAGCUUCAGAAGGAGCACUGUGGAAGCUGGAAGACACUGCUUUUUGGUGGACUACAGCAAAAUAUAUAUAUAUAUAUAUAUAUAUA